AUGGAGAAAAGUCAGUGGGAUCUCAAGAAGAUCCGUUUUCAACAGAAAAGGCUGACCAGAUUGGAUGACUUUGUGCACACCUACAAGGUGAUGCAUGAAGGUCUUCUACGAGAGUACCAAGACUCUCUAAAAAUCAAGACCAAGACCCACAGGGUUGCCGUUGAAAGGUGGAAACAAAGGAAGCAGGGGAGGAGAGGUGUAUAUGUCUCACCAAUGAAGAAGCCUUUUGAUUUCAAGAAACAUGAAAAGCAGAAGGUUUUAAAGACGAAGACAUCAAACCAGACUGAGGUCCAGGAGAAGUUCAUAAACACCAACGAACCAACCAACAAAACAGAUGUUGACACUUUGUUGGAGGAUGCACCGCCACCACCACCCAUGCUGGACACCCACCAAGACAAGAGGUUGUCAGUUACACUGUCAGAAGACCUCACAGUAUGUGUGUGGAAAGCAGAUCUGACUAUGUUUGACGUGGACGCAGUUGUCAAUGCUGCUAAUACGAUCUUGAGUCAUUCUGGGGGGCUUGCACUGGCUUUAGUUAAAGCUGGAGGGCCAGAUAUUGUUGAAGAGAGUGACCUGCAUAUUCGUAAGUGUGGCAAACUGAAACCUGGCCAGGCGGUAGUCACAAGUGCUGGUAAUUUACCAUGCAGAUAUGUCAUUCAUGCCGUUGGCCCCAAAGUCACAAUUAAUCCACCCCCAACCAUGCUCUCCAAAGGCAAGGGGACUUUAAAAAAGGCCAUAGAGAGCAUCUUGCAGAAAGUAAGAGACCUUAACAUUCAGUCUGUUGCUAUUCCAGCAAUAAGCUCUGGGAUUUUCAAUUUUCCAUUGGGACUGUGUGCAGACAGGAUAGUGUCCACAAUAAAGGAGGUCCAUGAUCACAAGAAGCUCAAAACUCAACAUCGUGUGGUUCAUCUUGUAAACAACGAUGAGCCAUCUGUCAAAGAAAUGGAAAGGGCCUGCCUGGAGAUAUUAGUAUCACCAACUUCAGAAGCCACAGUCUCAGAGCAAAUGCCGAAGAGUAAGACAAUCACGGAUGAAGAACAGCAGCUAAAAACACUGUGGAAAAGGAAGGACACAGAAGUGGUAGUUGCAGUGAUACCAUCUGCCAACCAGGAAGGUUCCAGUUUUCUUGUGCACCACAGUGAACUCUGUUCACUGAGACCUCACUGAUGGCUGACAGGCGAGGUUAUGGAGAGUCUCUUCCAUCUGUAUGCCAAACAGCUCAACCUCGGAAAGGACUUAUUUUUACUGAACCAUUACACAGCUGGUGUGAUACUGUUUGGAAAAGGAGAAAGCGUUAGACAGCACAGUUUGCGGAGGACUGACUUCAACAACUAUGAAGCCAUACUUUCUUUUGUAAAUGUUGGUGGAGUACACUGGAAGUUACUGAAACAACCAGUAUACAUAGAACAACCAACAAAUCCCUGAGAAAUUUUGAAAGAAGACAUCUUUGGGAUUACAUGAGGAUGCGCAUGAUUGUCCAUGGCAAGAACGACUGGGGAAGAGUCAGAUGGAGAGGAGGAGUCAUGGACCAUCCUGUGCAACGUGACAAGUGUAGUUGCGGGGUCAUCGUCACCAUGUGUUAGAUCUGGACAACCACUGUGUGAUGUGCUCUGCCUCAAAGCCCCCUGGACCAGGGCCUCCAGCUGGUGGAUACAGUGUGACUCUUGCCAACGAUGGUACCAUGAGCAGUGUCUGGGUUUGGCUGAAGACCAACUCAAAAAAGCUAGGACAGCCAAAUGGGAAUGUGUCCUUUGCACAUAAAUAAAAGGUGUGAUAAAAAAUGCAAUUUGCAGUCAGAAAGUAGGUGUCAGUUAAGGAAAGCCAAAGGUCACAUUAUUUUUCUUUUACGAUAUAAAGUCUACAUUGUUAAAAAAAAAAAAAGAAAAAAAAAAAGGAUUGUUUGUUAUACAUGCUCAAUGGUGCAGUCAGAAAGUAGGUGUCAGUUAACGAAUGCCAAGGGUCACAUUAAU